CCGGGGCGGGGGUGCCGCCAAACUCCGACCCGAGCCACUUGGACUGGCACAGUGUCCUCGGGGCGCAGGGGCCGAGCGCACGCAGCCGCGCCAGCUCUGCCAUCGCCGGCCACUAUUGCUCGCUGUCUCGCUCGCUCGCCUGUCAUCUCCGGCCCCGGGGGCUGUGGCGUCGGCUCGGACCCCAGCAGCCGAGCGCCCGCACGGGAGCCGGGACCUCCCCGGAGCUUCAGGAGCUCGCCCGGGCGAUGCUGAGCAGCCCCCGGCUGGGCUGAAAGCCGGAGCUCCCUAGCAGCUCCAGAGCGCGCAGCCACCCCCGGAGCCACCCGCGGCCAAGGCGCGAGCCCCGGCGAGCGGCGGAUCAGCGCCCGCCCGAGGAGCCGCAGCCCGACCGGGGUCGCCGGAGAAGUGGUGGUGGUGGGCGUCGUGGCCAUGGCGGCGGCAAUCGCCAGCUCGCUCAUCCGUCAGAAGCGGCAAGCCCGCGAGCGCGAGAAAUCCAACGCGUGCAAGUGUGUCAGCAGCCCGAGCAAGGGGAAGACCAGCUGCGACAAAAACAAGUUAAAUGUCUUUUCCCGGGUCAAACUCUUCGGCUCCAAGAAAAGGCGCAGAAGGAGACCAGAACCUCAGCUGAAGGGUAUAGUCACCAAACUAUACAGCCGACAAGGGUACCACUUGCAGCUGCAGGCAGAUGGAACCAUUGAUGGAACGAAAGACGAGGACAGCACUUACACUCUGUUUAACCUCAUCCCUGUGGGUCUUCGAGUGGUUGCCAUUCAAGGAGUUCAAACCAAGCUGUAUUUGGCAAUGAAUAGCGAGGGAUACCUAUACACCUCGGAACAUUUCACACCUGAGUGCAAAUUCAAAGAAUCGGUGUUUGAGAAUUAUUAUGUGACAUAUUCAUCGAUGAUAUACCGUCAGCAGCAGUCAGGCCGAGGAUGGUAUCUUGGUCUGAACAAAGAAGGGGAGAUCAUGAAAGGAAACCAUGUGAAGAAGAAUAAGCCUGCAGCCCACUUUCUGCCCAAGCCACUGAAAGUGGCUAUGUACAAGGAGCCGUCACUGCACGAUCUCACUGAGUUCUCCCGAUCUGGAAGCGGGACCCCAACCAAGAGCAGAAGUGUCUCCGGCGUGCUGAACGGAGGCAAAUCCAUGAGUCACAAUGAAUCAACGUAGCCAGUGAGGGCAAAACAAGGGCUCUGUAACAGAACCUUACCUCCCGGUGCUGUUGAAUUCUUUUAGCAGUCCUUCACCCAAAAGUUCAAAUUUUUCAAUGACAUUUAUCAAAAAGGCAGAGUUCACUAUUUUCUCUGCCUUUUCUUUAACCCUUCUUAUGAUCUAAAGCCCCAUGAUUUCAACUGAGCUUGUGCAAAUAAAUGCCAAGCAUGAUCACUGAACUAAUUCUGGGAGAAGGACUGCUCAAUGUUCUCAUGAUCUCACUCUUGUUUAGGGGAUACCACACCAAAAAACACUUCACAGCACUGAAGCUGAUAAAAAAAAUUUGCUCUCUAACCAAGAAAAAUGAAAAGACCACAACUGCUCUUCAAAAACAAACAAACAAAAACGAAACAAAAUUAACUGCUUCAAUGUUUUGUAGAGGCAAACACAAUUACGUGAACUGUGUUGUUUUUUUGGCUUCAUGUUUUCUAUCUCUGCUUGAUUCAGAUGUAUACUUUACUUUGGUAUAGUGCAAAUUUAUGGUUUUUGGAAACUCGAUGGUUCUAGUUGACUCUGUGUCACUUCAUCGAAAUCAACCAAAGUCAGGGUUGAAUCUGAAUUGGCAUCUCAGGCAAAAGGUAACAGUAUUCUUGUACUUUCACCAUAUCUUUUGAUUUAGACUUGUAGUAUUCUGGUCAAGUUCUUGUGCUGUACAUUGUGUGUAGAAAUUGAGUUCUAUUGUCAACCCCAGUCAGUAAAGACAACUUACAAAUAUUUAUCCUCAAGUGUAGAUUUCUCUUAAUUCCAUUUGUGUUAUCACGUUGAACUGUUGUGGCUUCUCGUGUAAAGACAGGAAAUGUGGAACUGUGAUGUUGUCUUUUGUGUUGUUCAAAUAAGAUAUGUUUUAUCUGUAUAUGUAUGAGUCCUCCUGUCAUUGUAUUUGGCACUUGAAUAUUGUGUACAAGGAAAUGUUAAGACUGGUUACCCCUAAACAACAUAUACUUAUACUUGCUUCUGGAAAAGUGUUUAAGACUUAGCUAGGUUUCCAUUUAGAUCUUCAUAUCUGUUGCAUGGAAGAAAGUUGGAAUCUUGGCAUAGAGUUGCAUGAUAUGUAAGAUUUUGUGCAUCAAUAAUUGUUGAAAUCUGUGUUCCAAAAGUGAACAUAGCAUGCACAGGCAGUUUUCUGUCCUGUGCAAAAAAAAGUUUAAAAAAGUUGUUUAAUAUUUGUUGUUGUAUACACAAAUACGCACCGAAUAAACUCUUUAUAUUCAUUCAAAGAAAAA